UCCAUUGGCUUGUAUUCGGAACACGGAGACCGGAGUAUUGAAGUAUGAAUUGACCCAUUAGUUCUUUAAAUUUUUUGGUACCUAUUUAGGUUUUAAUUUUUAGAACGUAAGUUCUGAUAUUUGCGAGCUUUCCUCUUGUAAUUAACAUUCAAACUUGUUACGGAAUAAUUUCGUGCUCUAAAGAACGUAUUGUGUCUUAUUAUUGCAAUAAUAUUGAGUUAGAUAUAAAAAUUGUUUAGCAGCGUGUGUAUUGAUAAAAAAUUUCUGAAAAAAGAAUAUUUUAUUAAGUUGGCCCGCGCUUUUGGGCUGUCAGUCAACGUUGUGACUUGAAUUUAUUCAUCAUUUUUUAGUUAGUAAUUUAUUUGUGAUGUCUAUUACUCCAUUCAAGAAACGUGUUUGCUAUUACUACGAUAGUGACAUUGGAAAUUAUUAUUAUGGACAAGGACAUCCAAUGAAACCUCAUAGAAUUCGAAUGACUCAUAAUUUACUUUUAAAUUAUGGCUUGUAUCGUAAAAUGGAAAUUUAUAGACCUCAUAAAGCUACUGCAGAAGAAAUGACCAAAUUUCAUAGUGAUGAAUACAUUAGAUUUCUUCGUAGUAUUAGACCAGACAACAUGAAUGACUAUAAUAAACAAAUGCAACGAUUUAAUGUUGGUGAAGAUUGUCCUGUUUUUGAUGGACUCUAUGAAUUCUGCCAACUAUCUGCUGGUGGAUCAGUUGCUGCAGCUGUAAAAUUAAAUAAACAAUCAGCAGAUAUAUGUAUUAAUUGGGGUGGUGGUCUUCAUCAUGCGAAAAAAUCUGAAGCUAGUGGAUUUUGUUAUGUUAAUGAUAUUGUAUUAGGUAUAUUGGAAUUGCUCAAAUAUCAUCAACGUGUAUUAUAUAUAGAUAUUGAUGUCCAUCAUGGUGAUGGCGUUGAAGAAGCUUUUUAUACUACUGAUAGAGUAAUGACUGUGUCAUUUCAUAAAUAUGGUGAAUACUUCCCUGGAACUGGUGAUCUUAGGGAUAUUGGAGCUGGAAAAGGAAAAUAUUAUGCCGUUAAUAUUCCACUAAGAGAUGGAAUGGAUGACGAUAGUUAUGAAUCUAUAUUUGUACCUAUUAUUACCAAAGUAAUGGAAACAUUUCAACCUAGUGCAGUUGUUUUGCAAUGUGGAGCAGAUUCACUAACUGGGGAUAGACUGGGAUGUUUUAAUCUUACCGUGAAAGGUCAUGGAAAAUGUGUUGAGUUUGUAAAGCGCUAUGGUUUGCCUUUUUUAAUGGUUGGUGGAGGAGGUUAUACAAUCAGAAAUGUAUCUAGGUGUUGGACUUACGAGACAGCAGUAGCUUUAGGUGCAGAAAUUGCAAAUGAACUUCCUUAUAAUGACUAUUUUGAAUAUUUUGGACCUGAUUUUAAACUUCACAUAAGUCCAUCUAACAUGACAAACACAAAUGCUGCAGAGUAUUUGGAAAAAAUAAAAAACAGACUUUUUGAAAAUUUAAGAAUGCUACCUCAUGCACCUGGUGUUCAAAUUCAAGCUAUUCCUGAGGAUGCUGUACGGCAUGAUUCUGAUGAUGAAGAUACAGCUAAUCCAGAUGAUAGAAAUCCUCAGUCAUUGCAAGAUAAACGUAUUGCGCCUGAUAAUGAGUUUAGUGACAGUGAAGAUGAAGGAAUGGCUGCUGGUGUUGGUGGUGGUGGUCGUAAAGAUAACCGUUCAUAUAAAAGUGGUACACCCACUAGAAAACAAGCUCGUUUAGAUUCAACAAAAAUGGAAGUUGAUGAACCAGAAUUUAAUAUAAUGAAAGAUGACAAAGAAGAAAAAUCUGUUAGUUCUGAUGACUCAAAUAAAAAAGAUGCUGUAAAAUCAUGAACAUUCAUUACCAAAAAAAAAAAAAUUGUGUAAAUAAUAUAAAAAAAAAAAAUUGUUGACA